CCAUACCAAAAUGAAACCAGACAGCUAAAUUUCUUUUACGUGUCCAAAUCUCAUUGGACCUUCUUUCCAAUUCAAAGCUACUGUCUCAAUCUCUCUCCACUCUCAUAAAACGACUCUUUGAACAAAAACAGUACAGAUUCGAUUGCCUGCGCCUUUAUCGAUUCGAGUAUUGUUCAGUUCUCUCAAACAAGACGAGGUUUUCCUGCUUGUAUUUUGAACUUGGCUUUCGGUCUUUGUUGUCGGAUCAAUGCCAUCAAUCGUCUCUCCACAGUGGCAAGAGAAGGCUAAUGGUUUCUUUUCUUCAUCAGGGGUGAAGCUUAAACAGGCUGGGCAAUCAGCAGGAACAUUAGUUGGGGAAGUUGCAAAGGAUGCUAAAGGUAAUGUUGCUGAUGUGGCUGAACGAGUUGGCUCAAUGGUCAAAAGCCGAUGGGCACUUCUUCAACAGCCAUCAACCAGACAUGCUGUUCAGGAGCGUCUUAUAACUGCUGCUGCUACAACUGGUAUGUUUUUGAGAAGAGGUUUCUCAGAAACAAAAGACAAGGUUUCUGUUGGGAAGACGAAAGUUGAAGAGGCUGCUAAAAAAACUGCACAAAAAAGCAAGACUAUUUUGACUGAUAUUGAACGUAGGCAGAAGGGAUUUGCAAGCACUGAUGUAUUUGGAGUCCCGAUUGAUGUUACCAUACAGCGUCAACAAUAUGUCAAGCCUGUUCCGUAUAUUUUGGUCAAAUGUGCUGAUUACCUCAUAUUAUCAGGACUGAACUCACAGUACUUGUUUAAAGCUGAGGGGGAUAAAAAGGUCAUUCAGCAGCUGGUUUCUACCUACAAUCAAGAGUACAAUGCUUCACUGCCUGAAGGUGUAAAUCCAAUUGAUGUGGCAGCUCUAGUAAAAUACUACCUUGCAAGUCUUCCUGAGCCACUGGCAACUUUUGAACUUUAUAACGACAUCAAAGGUGCUUGUUCUAGCAUACAUGCUAUGCAAAACAUAUUGAAGAAACUUCCCAGUGUAAACUACAUGACGCUAGAGUAUAUUACUGCACUACUGCUCCAUGUUAGUCAGAAAUCUCUUUUUAACAAGAUGGAUCCUCGUAGUCUUGCCAUGGAAAUGGCCCCUGUUAUUAUGUGGCAAAAGGAUCAGAAACCAGAAUCCUAUAGGCAUUAUUGGAGUCAUCCACCUAGAAGUCCCUUAAAGAAGAACAGGGAGGCAACACCCGAUUACAGUGCUUGGGACAUGCUUGCUGAUGAGAGUGAAGUUAUGGAUCCAUCCUCUCCCAUUCCUUUGGAUGAUGGCACACCUGUUGACUUUGGCGCUAUCGAGGUUGUUCAGUGCCUGAUAGAACAGCACAAUGCAAUCUUCACAGAUGCAAAUGAGACUGUUUGGAGUUGAGUCGGAUUCAGCUUGUGUUGUUGAUGCCCACGGAAUUCAUCAAGCUGGGAAAUGUAACCAAUAUAUGAUGAAGAUGUCCGGUGCUUAAUAGCAACGUAGAUGAAUUUUGAGGAGGUGGGUGUGUAUAGUGUAGUUCAUUACCCUUCUGCUUUUGUGAAAAGUUAAAAAAUACUGGAUUUUAAUUAUAAUCUUAUAAUGACUUUGAUUCCAAAUAAUAUAAAAUUAGUUUGUUUUUUUAA